UCAAUGGGGAAAAAGAAGGCGGGGAGGGCUUUACGCCGGCUGUCUUGACUUCAACCCCGGCCGGCCGGCAUCUCACACACGUUCACAAACGUUCUCUCUGUAUAUUAAUCAAUUUUUCUGACCGAACUCUCUGCACUAUGAAGAUCUGGACAUCGGAACACAUAUUCAAUCACCCUUGGGAGACGGUGACCAAGGCAGCAAUGCAAAAGUACCCUAAUCCGAUGAAUCCCAGCGUGUUCGGGGUAGACGUUUUGGACCGGACCAUCGACAAGCACGGCCGCCUCCACAGCAAGAGGCUUCUCAGCACUGAAUGGGGUCUUCCCUCGAUAGUCAAAUCUAUCAUUGGCAACACACGGACGUGCACGUACAUUCAAGAGCACUCGGUCGUGGAUCCGCAAGAGAAAAGUUUGGAACUUCAGUCCACAAAUAUUACGUUCACCAACUUGGUGUCUGUGGAUGAGAAGUUAACGUAUAAACCCCACCCUGAGGAUUCCAGAAAAACAAUCCUGACACAAGAAGCUAUCAUCUCUGUAAAAGGAGUAAGUCUAAGCAGCUACUUGGAGGGCAUUCUAGCCAGCACCAUCUCAACCAACGCAGGAAAGGGCCGCGAAGCAGUCGAGUGGGUGAUCCGGCGGCUCAACACUGAAAUCGAGGAGCUAGCGGCAACAGCACGCGGGACGAUGCGAACCCCGUUGGCCGCCGCCGCCGUCACUGACAAAUGACCUCUCCUUCCUAAUUUUCCACCAAAGCCUCCCCUGUGCCUUGGCUGCCGGGGGUAGAAACUCAGGGAGCUGUGGAAAAGGGAGGAAAACAAGUGCCAAAACCUCUUGGGUUGAAUUUACAUUGCAUGGUUCAAGUGACAUGGCAGUGUAAUAAGAGAAAAAAAAAAGUUGUGUCACUUGAAAACAAACCUGGAAAUAGACACCCCCAUAAAUUUGACUUUGGCACUAUAUUUUGAAUUGGGCAAUUGAACCUGAAGUGGAAAUCCAGCCUCAGAAAAGCACCAUCGCCAGUGUUGUGUUUUGACACAAAUAUGGCAUGUGUCAAGCAAACGUGCUAAUUGUGGCAUGAAAGAGUUGAGGGCACAGAAGAAUCGCAUUGUUAAAAGCAUCCCUAUAAGGAAACGGUUGUCUUCGUUAAAUUUCUUUUAUAUGGUAGUGCUAGAAUGGUUUUGCGCAUUACAGGACAGUCAAUGGCACAAAUGUUAGUAUUUUAUUAUUAUUUUUGUGUUGGGAGUUGCAUCUUCAACACUCUCCUCGGACCUCAUAUAUAUAACAUUCUGUACUUUGUAUUAGUAAAUGAGUUUGUAAAUUGUUAGCUGUUAUUUAAUAGUUAUGUAUUUAAGUUAUGUGAAGGGAUCAAGUUAGCUUGGGAUGGUUGUGUUUUGAUGAAGUGUAGAAUGGUUGGCAAAUUUACUGUGCUUCCAUGCGUGAGAAGGCUGCCCCUUAAAUGCAGUAGUCCCCAUUUGCACAUCUAACUAAGAUACACAUUUUGAAGGAGCAGAUGGAGCUGAACAUUCGUGGUAGUUUUCAUACUGUUACAAUGGAGAGUGUGGUUGUUGUUGUUUUUUUAGUAUAUUUCUUUGAAUGUAACAUAUAUUCUGAAGACAGACUUUUAAAUGAACCAAGUUGGAAAUUGUAACGUGCCUCUGUGAAAUCUUGCCAACUUCAAGAUCGUGCUAAUGUGAAUAAAAGCAUUUUGAUGACUUUGUAAA